UCCCAUGGAAGGGAAGGGGUCAGGGCCAGGACAGGAAUGGGGCAGGAGGUGUGGGGAGGCUGCUGGGCACUGGGAGCAGGGGGCAGCCAAAGGCAGUGGGUUGGCAGUUCCAUGCCUUCCCUGGUCCCCCAGCUCUGCAGGGCAGCAUUCCUGGUUGCCAUCUUGCUGCUGCUGCAGGUGAAGCCUCUGAAGGGGAGCCCAGUCCCCAAAGCCAGGAGCCAGACAGAGAAAACAACCUUUGCAGAGCAGAAUCAAGAACAGUUCGAAGAGUACUUUGUGGCCUCCUCAGUGGGAGAGAUGUGGCAGGCAGUGGACAUGGCCCAGCAAGAAGAUGACGAGACGUCCAAGACGGCAGCUGUUCACCAUCACUCUUUUCACCUCAACUUCUGCUUUAGUCUGGCCAGCGUCAUGGUUUUCUUGGGAGGGCCACUGAGGCUGCCAAUGAGAUAGCCUGUUUCCUGGAUAUCUACCUCUGCUUCACGCUCACUCACUGAUCCUCUCCCCCCAUAGGCUCCAGCUCACAACUCCCAGAGGAGAUGCAGGCCAUGGCUCUCUGCCUCUCACCACCAUCACUGUACCUCAGGGUUCAGCAGCAGAGAUACCAGUUGCCGGCAGUGCCAACUGACUGCCUCUCCGGGUUCAGAGUUUCAUCUCCUGGGACCAGAGAUAGCAGACCCAUGUCCUCCUCUCCCACAGCUCCCUGCUUUUGUUCAGGACAGCAGAUUAGAGGGAGGAGGCAAUGACAAUCAAAUAGCAAUAAAAUCCUGAGAAAA